AUGGACAUUAUCAGAUCCACAUACUCAUUCGCAUUCUCCUCGCACUCACGACUAUCCCGAUGGCUUCUCUGCCCACUACUAUUCGCAGAGGCCUUCCUCUGCACCCUCAUAAUCAAAAAGGUCCCAUACACCGAAAUUGACUGGAAGGCCUACAUGGAGCAAGUCGCGCAGUACCAGGCCGGCGAGCGCGACUACGCCCUCAUCAAGGGCGGCACUGGCCCCCUCGUCUACCCAGCGGGCCACGUCUACAUAUACUCGUUCUUGUCCGACCUCACCCACCAGGGGGCGGACAUCGUGGCGGCGCAGUACCUGUUCAUGGGCCUGUACCUCGCGACGCUGGCAAUGGUGUUCAUGGUGUACCGCGAAGCUAGAGCGCCCGUCUACAUCCUCCCGCUGCUAGCACUCUCAAAGCGCCUGCACAGCAUCUACCUCCUCCGCCUCUUCAACGACCCGUUCUCCAUCUUCCUCCUCUUCGCCGCCAUAUACUGCUGGCAGAAGCGCCAGUGGACCCUCGGGUCCGUGGCCUACUCGCUCAGCGUCGGCGUCAAGAUGAACACCCUCCUCGCGCUCCCGGCCGUCGCCGUCAUAUAUCUGCUCGCCUGCGGCAGGGACAAGGCCAUCAAGCAGGCUGUGAUCAUGGCGCAGAUCCAAUUCCUCCUCGGAACACCGUUCCUGGGCUCCGCGCCGAAGAGCUACAUCACUAAGGCUUUCGAGUUCUCGAGACAGUUCAUGUUCAAGUGGACUGUGAAUUGGCGCUUCGUUGGCGAGAAGACAUUCCUAUCGCGGGAAUUCUCGCUCGGCCUGUUGGCGGUGCACGCAGUGCUCUUGUUCGGCUUCAUCGUCACCCGCUGGAAGAAACCCUCGCAGCGUAGCUUCACCUCCUUCCUAUCCCUCCUCCUCGACCCCGCCACGGGCCUCGAAGACCACCAAAUCUCGCAGCGCGUCAGCCCGCGGUACAUACUCACCUCCGUGCUCACGGCCAACGCGAUCGGCAUGCUGUGUGCGCGCUCGCUGCACUACCAGUUCUACAGCUGGCUCGCCUGGGGGGCGCCGUAUCUGCUGUGGAGGAGCGGGCUGGGCCCGCUCUGGGUCGCCGGGCUGUGGGCGGCGCAGGAGUGGGCGUGGAAUGUGUAUCCGAGCACGAAUGAGAGCUCGGGGGCGGUGGUGGGGGUGCUGGCGCUGAUGGUGGUGGGGAGUUGGUGGGGGAGCAGGGGGGAGGUGGAGGAAGGGGUGGAUCAGCUGGAGGAGGAUGAGGAGAGUGGGAGUGAGGAUGAGGGUGCGGGUGCGGAGGGGAGGAAGACGAAGUAG